CCCCCCCCCCCCCCCCCCCCCCCCCCCCCCCCCCCCCCCCCCCCCCCCCCCCCCCCCCCCCCCCCCCCCCCCCCCCCCCCCCCCCCCCCCCCCCCCCCCCCCCCCCCCCCCCCCCCCCCCCCCCCCCCCCCCCCCCCCCCCCCCCCCCCCCCCCCCCCCCCCCCCCCCCCCCCCCCCCCCCCCCCCCCCCCCCCCCCCCCCCCCCCCCCCCCCCCCCCCCCCCCCCCCCCCCCCCCCCCCCCCCCCCCCCCCCCCCCCCCCCCCCCCCCCCCCCCCCCCCCCCCCCCCCCCCCCCCCCCCCCCCCCCCCCCCCCCCCCCCCCCCCCCCCCCCCCCCCCCCCCCCCCCCCCCCCCCCCCCCCCCCCCCCCCCCCCCCCCCCCCCCCCCCCCCCCCCCCCCCCCCCCCCCCCCCCCCCCCCCCCCCCCCCCCCCCCCCCCCCCCCCCCCCCCCCCCCCCCCCCCCCCCCCCCCCCCCCCCCCCCCCCCCCCCCCCCCCCCCCCCCCCCCCCCCCCCCCCCCCCCCCCCCCCCCCCCCCCCCCCCCCCCCCCCCCCCCCCCCCCCCCCCCCCCCCACCCCCCCCCCCCCCCCCCCCCCCCCCCCCCCCCCCCCCCCCCCCCCCCCCCCCCCCCCCCCCCCCCCCCCCCCCCCCCCCCCCCCCCCCCCCCCCCCCCCCCCCCCCCCCCCCCCCACCCCACCCCCCCCCCCCCCCCCCCCCCCCCCCCCCCCCCCCCCCCCCCCCCCCCCCCCCCCCCCCCCCCCCCCCCCCCCCCCCCCCCCCACCCCCCCCCCCCCCCCCCCCCCCCCCCCCCCCCCCCCCCCCCCCCCCCCCCCCCCCCCCCCCCCCCCCCCCCCCCCCCCCCCCCCCCCCCCCCCCCCCCCCCCCCCCCCCCCCCCCCCCCCCCCCCCCCCCCCCCCCCCCCCCCCCCCCCCCCCCCCCCCCCCCCCCCCCCCCCCCCCCCCCCCCCCCCCCCCCCCCCCCCCCCCCCCCCCCCCCCCCCCCCCCCCCCCCCCCCCCCCCCCCCCCCCCCCCCCCCCCCCCCCCCCCCCCCCCCCCCCCCCCCCCCCCCCCCCCCCCCCCCCCCCCCCCCCCCCCCCCCCCCCCCCCCCCCCCCCCCCCCCCCCCCCCCCCCCCCCCCCCCCCCCCCCCCCCCCCCCCCCCCCCCCCCCCCCCCCCCCCCCCCCCCCCCCCCCCCCCCCCCCCCCCCCCCCCCCCCCCCCCCCCCCCCCCCCCCCCCCCCCCCCCCCCCCCCCCCCCCCCCCCCCCCCCCCCCCCCCCCCCCCCCCCCCCCCCCCCCCCCCCCCCCCCCCCCCCCCCCCCCCCCCCCCCCCCCCCCCCCCCCCCCCCCCCCCCCCCCCCCCCCCCCCCCCCCCCCCCCCCCCCCCCCCCCCCCCCCCCCCCCCCCCCCCCCCCCCCCCCCCCCCCCCCCCCCCCCCCCCCCCCCCCCCCCCCCCCCCCCCCCCCCCCCCCCCCCCCCCACCCCCCCCCCCCCCCCCCCCCCCCCCCCCCCCCCCCCCCCCCCCCCCCCCCCCCCCCCCCCCCCCCCCCCCCCCCCCCCCCCCCCCCCCCCCCCCCCCCCCCCCCCCCCCCCCCCCCCCCCCCCCCCCCCCCCCCCCCCCCCCCCCCCCCCCCCCCCCCCCCCCCCCACCCCCCCCCCCCCCCCCCCCCCCCCCCCCCCCCCCCCCCCCCCCCCCCCCCCCCCCCCCCCCCCCCCCCCCCCCCCCCCCCCCCCCCCCCCCCCCCCCCCCCCCCCCCCCCCCCCCCCCCCCCCCCCCCCCCCCCCCCCCCCCCCACCCCCCCCCCCCCCCCCCCCCCCCCCCCCACCCCCCCCCCCCCCCCCCCCCCCCCCCCCCCCCCCCCCCCCCCCCCCCCCCCCCCCCCCCCCCCCCCCCCCCCCCCCCCCCCCCCCCCCCCCCCCCCCCCCCCCCCCCACCCCCCCCCCCCCCCCCCCCCCCCCCCCCCCCCCCCCCCCCCCCCCCCCCCCCCCCCCCCCCCCCCCCCCCCCCCCCCCCCCCCCCCCCCCCCCCCCCCCCCCCCCCCCCCCCCCCCCCCCCCCCCCCCCCCCCCCCCCCCCCGUCAAUUUGGAGAGAAUAAACAGGUUUACUAA